AUGUUCUCUUCGAGAGCACCAGCGGUAAAAGCAGAGGGAACUUUGCUGCAACCAUUACGGCCAACGAGGCCCUCUACGACAAAACCCACCAAGCCAGAUUACUUUCCCAUGUCUCUUGUACGGAAGCCCAUGGGUCCUGCGAUUUAUCCAGGGGCCGCAGCCGCAGAAGAUGUCUCAAAGGGGCUUUUGGUAAGCGAUGCAUUACACGACAUGACAUUCUACACGGGGGUCUCCGAAUCCUUGCCCGAUGCCGGACGCCCAGUGCUUAACUCGCUGUUAUUUAGUCAACGACAUGUGGUUAAUGACAGUCCUUCGGUUGAAGAAGAAAUUGCAAGUAUAAAUGAGCGCAUACGUCUAUGGCGUGCUUCCCGCCUCCAAGAAGUAUUCACGAACUACGAACACAGCAAGCAACAGGCCCUACUAGACGAGAAAGUGGAGGAGCGCAUAAAAGAGCGUCAGGCUGCGGAGCGAGAUCGCACUAUACGCCGUGUCUCUCGGAUGCUUGAUUCUCUCAUCCCCGAAUUGGAAAAGGCGAUUACAAGGACGUCUGAGGCAAAAUUAGAUGUGCUCAACGCUGCUCGACACGAGGCUCUCCUCAAAAAAUGGAAAGAGCGGGACGAGAUGCAACAACGUUUCCUGCGGGACAUGCGAAUUGCGGAACGCCGUUGGCUUGUUGACCGUCAAUUUCAAAGAAACAUGGAUGAGCGCAAUUCACUGGAUUCCCAGCAUUACUACAGUUUUUUGGAGCGCAAAAUGGAGGAACGUUUGGCGUUCCGUCAUUUGUGUGAGGCCUUCUACAACGAAAAGAUUAUUGUCGGUGUGUAUGACGAUGAAAGAGAAGUAAGGAAAAGAAUGAUUCGGCUAGAGGCUGAAGAUAGGAUUGAUAUAAGCAAAAAACUGAGUAAGUUUAUUCCUACUAAGGAAAUGGCAGUGGCUACUGAGGACAAAAGAACAGAAAAGGAUGACUCUAUAACAUCGGGCCCGAAAAACACACAAGAACCCGGGAAGAACGUGGAAAAAACUAAGGACACUCAGGCUGCCGAGCAGCAAGAGGAUGUUCAGGAACUGGUGGCCCCGGCUGAGAACGUUCGAGAACUGGUGGCUCCGACUGAGGAUGUUCAGGCCGCCAGGCAGCAGGAGGAUAUUCGGGAACUGGUGGCUCCGGCUGAGAACGUUCGAGAACUGGUGUCCCCGACUGAGGAUGUUCAGGCCGCCAGGCAGCAGGAGGAUGUUCAGGAACUGGUGGCUCCGGCUGAGAACGUUCGAGAACUGGUGUCCCCGACUGAGGAUGUUCAGGCCGCCAGGCAGCAGGAGGAUGUUCAGGAACUGGUGGCCCCGGCUGAGAACGUUCGAGAACUGGUGUCCCCGACUGAGGAUGUUCAGGCCGCCAGGCAGCAGGAGGAUGUUCAGGAACUGGUGGCUCCGGCUGAGAACGUUCGAGAACUGGUGUCCCCGACUGAGGAUGUUCAGGCCGCCAGGCAGCAGGAGGAUGUUCAGGAACUGGUGGCCCCGGCUGAGAACGUUCGAGAACUGGUGGCUCCGGCUGAGAACGUUCGAGAACUGGUGUCCCCGACUGAGGAUGUUCAGGCCGCCAGGCAGCAGGAGGAUGUUCAGGAACUGGUGGCCCCGGCUGAGAACGUUCGAGAACUGGUGGCUCCGACUGAGGAUGUUCAGGCCGCCAGGCAGCAGGAGGAUAUUCGGGAACUGGUGGCUCCGGCUGAGAACGUUCGAGAACUGGUGUCCCCGACUGAGGAUGUUCAGGCCGCCAGGCAGCAGGAGGAUGUUCAGGAACUGGUGGCUCCGGCUGAGAACGUUCGAGAACUGGUGUCCCCGACUGAGGAUGUUCAGGCCGCCAGGCAGCAGGAGGAUGUUCAGGAACUGGUGGCCCCGGCUGAGAACGUUCGAGAACUGGUGGCUCCGGCUGAGAACGUUCGAGAACUGGUGUCCCCGACUGAGGAUGUUCAGGCCGCCAGGCAGCAGGAGGAUGUUCAGGAACUGGUGGCCCCGGCUGAGAACGUUCGAGAACUGGUGGCUCCGGCUGAGGAUGUUCAGGCCGCCGAGCAGCAAGAGGAUGUUCAGGAACUGGUGUCCCCGGCUGAGGAUGUUCAGGAACUGGUGGCUCCGGCUGAGAACGUUCGAGAACUGGUGUCCCCGACUGAGGACGUUCGAGAACUGGUGUCCCCGGCUGAGGAUGUUCAGGAACUGGUGGCUCCGGCUAAGAACGUUCGAGAACUGGUGUCCCCGACUGAGAACGUUCGAGAACUGGUGUCCCCGACUGAGGAUGUUCAGGCCGCCAGGCAGCAGGAGGAUGUUCAGGAACUGGUGGCCCCGGCUGAGAACGUUCGAGAACUGGUGGCUCCGGCUGAGAACGUUCGAGAACUGGUGUCCCCGACUGAGGAUGUUCAGGCCGCCAGGCAGCAGGAGGAUGUUCAGGAACUGGUGGCCCCGGCUGAGAACGUUCGAGAACUGGUGUCCCCGACUGAGGAUGUUCAGGCCGCCAGGCAGCAGGAGGAUGUUCAGGAACUGGUGGCCCCGGCUGAGAACGUUCGAGAACUGGUGGCUCCGGCUGAGAACGUUCGAGAACUGGUGUCCCCGACUGAGGAUGUUCAGGCCGCCAGGCAGCAGGAGGAUGUUCAGGAACUGGUGGCCCCGGCUGAGAACGUUCGAGAACUGGUGGCCCCGGCUGAGAACGUUCGAGAACUGGUGGCUCCGGCUGAGGAUGUUCAGGCCGCCGAGCAGCAAGAGGAUGUUCAGGAACUGGUGGCCCCGGCUGAGAACGUUCGAGAACUGGUGGCCCCGGCUGAGAACGUUCGAGAACUGGUGGCUCCGGCUGAGAACGUUCGAGAACUGGUGUCCCCGACUGAGGAUGUUCAGGCCGCCAGGCAGCAGGAGGAUGUUCAGGAACUGGUGGCCCCGGCUGAGAACGUUCGAGAACUGGUGGCCCCGGCUGAGAACGUUCGAGAACUGGUGGCUCCGGCUGAGGAUGUUCAGGCCGCCGAGCAGUGA